UUGCUCCCUGCUGUUGCCCACUGUUCCCAAGUGUGCAUCUACCACCUUCAGUGGACACGGACAGGCCACCUAGAGUCCCACUGCACCACUUGGUGAGAAUUUCCUUGAACAGUUAAUAUUGCUGAACCUUAUACCCCCAAUCUCAUGCUUAGUUCACUACCCAAGUGGCAACAGCUCUUAAGACAGUCAAGUUUAUUCUCCCCACUUUACAGAUUAAAAAACUGAGGCACAGAAGGUUAAGUUAUUUGAACCAGGUCUGAUUUCAAAGCCUGUGUUCUCAACCAUUAGGUAAUCACUGGCUCUUCUAGUAAUUCAGUGACUCAAAAUACAGACUUGUACAUCUGUAAACACAAAAUUAUCAUGGGUUAAAGACCUUUAGGCUCACUUGCAAAUAUCGGGAAUCAUUUUAUCCAAAAAAGAAUGACAAGGAUCAGCAGAUUAAGCCUCUGCCCCUGCCAGAGGGCUCAAAGGGCAGGAAAAGGCAGUGAGAGAAGGAGAGACAGAAACCAAGAUGACAGUGCAGAGGAGGCAUGGGGACGAGAUCACACACGGAGCCCUCACAGGGAAUGAGUUGGGGUCAUUUGAUGUUCAUAUUAGAAGCUGCAGGUUCCGCCUUCCACUGGGGCUGAUGGCACAAGAGCACUGUUACAUUUUACCUGAUGCCUUUGAGCUUGAGGUUGGGUGGUAAACCACUCUUCACUGUUCUUAGCGGCUUUAUUUCUCAUAGAGUCAUGUGUUGCUUAACAACGGGGCUACAUUCUGAGAAAUGCAUCAUUAGGUGAUUGUGGUCAUUGUGGGAGCAUCACAGAGUGCACCUACACAGUCCUAGAUGGGGUAGCCUGCUGCACACCAAGGCUACAUGGUGUAUAGCCUGUUGCUCCUAGAAUACAAACCUGGACAGCAUGGUACUGGGCUGAAUACUGUAGGCAACUGUAACACAAUGGUAAAUGUGUAUCUGAACAUAGAAAAGGCACAGUAAAAAUACAGUCUAAAAGAUUUUUUAAAUACUACACCUGUAUUGGGCAGUUACCAUAAAUGGAGCUUGCAGGACUGGAAGCUGCACUGAGUGAGUCAGCGAGUGAAUGGUGAGUGAAUGUGAAGGCCUAGGACAGCAGGGACUGGUUUGGCACCAGGGACUAUUUUCAUGAAAGAGAGUUUUUCCAUGGACUUGCGGGCGGACAGAUGGUUUGGGGAUGAAACUGUUCCACCUCAGAUCAUCAGGCAUUAGAUUCUCAUAAGGAGCUCGCAACAACCUAGAUUCCUCACAUGCACAGUUCACAAUAGGGUUCGCACUCCUGUGAGAUUCUAAUGCCACCGCUGAUCUGAUAGGAGGUGGAACUCAGGUGGUAAUUCAAGCCAUGGGGAGCUGCUGUAAAUACAGAUGAAGCUGCUCAUCUCCUGUUGUGUGGCCCAGUUCCUAGCAGGCCACAGACUGGGAUGGGUCCACAGCCCGAGGGUUGGGGACCCCUGGCCUAGGACAUUACUGUACACUGCUAUAGACUCUAUAACACUGUACACCUAGGCUACACUAAAUUUGCUUUACAAAUGUUUCUUUCUUCAAUGAUAAAUUAACCUUAGCUUACUCUGUUUUUACUUUAUAAACUUUUUAAUUUUUUCAACUUUUGACUCUUUUGUAGUAACACUUAGCUUAAAACACAAACACAUUGUACGGCUGUACAAAAAAUGUUUUCUUCUUUAGAUCCUUAUUUUGUAAGCUUUUAAAAAUUUUAAUUCUUAAACUUUUUUUGUUAAAAACAAAGACACAAGCACACACACAAGCCUAGACCUAUCACUGUCUUCCACCUCCACAUCUUGUCCCACUGGAAGGUCUUCAGGGGCGAUAACGUGCAUGGAGCUGUCAUCUCCUAUGAUAACAAUCGGGAAUACCUACUGAAGGACCUGCCUGAGGCUGUGUUACACUGAACUUUUUUCUUUUUUCUUUUUUUUUUUUAAAUAAGUAGGAGUACACACGGCCCAGGCCAGGUACAGUGGCUCACCUGGCUCACUCUUGAAAUCCCAGCACUUUGAGAGGGUGAGGCAGGCAGAUUGCUUGAGCCCAGGAGUGUGAGACCAGCCUGGGAAACAUGGUGAAACCCCUUCUGUACAAAAAAUUACAAAAAUUAUCCAGGCAUGGUUGUGCAUACCUGUAGCCCCUGCUACUCAGGAGGCUGAGAUGGGAGGAUGGCUUGAGCCGGGGAGGUCAAGGCUGUCCAAUAUCAAGGAUUCCUGAUAUUUGCAAGUGAGCCCAAAGGUGAGUGAGCCAUGAUCGUGUUACUGUACUCCAGCCUGGGCAAUAGAGUAAGACCCUGUCUCAAAAAAAUUAAAAAUAAAAAGUAGGAGUAUAUUCUAAAAUAAUGGUAAAAAUAAUAUUGUAAAUAUAUAAACCCAAAACAUAGUCAUUUAUCAUCAUUAUCAAGUAUUAUGUUGUGGGCCUAAUUGUAUGUGCUGUGCUUUUGUAUAACUGGUAAAGCAAGCUAGUUUACACCAGCCUCACCACCAGCAUUUGAGUGUUGCAUUGCGCUAUGAUGUUAUGACAGCUAUGGUGUCACUAGGCAAUAGGAAUUUUUCAGCUCCAUUAGAGUCUGAUGGGACUUAUAUGUCUUAUAUGUGGUCUGUAGCUGACCAACUAAAACAUCAUCAUGCUGUGCAUGACUGUAAUUAAUGGCUGUCCUUCGACUCCUUAGCUGGGCACUAAGGUUCUCCACCACAAGCUGACCUUUCCAUCCUCCCUCCUCUACCCAUGGGCUCAUUUGAAGGUGUGUUACCUCUGUGUUUUGCUCUAGCUGUGCCCUGACUUGGCUCCUCUUCCUUCCUUUCUGCCUAUGGAAAUCUUUUUGGAACUCCCCUGCUCUGCUGCUCCAUCCCCCACACUGUCCUUUUAUGUUUCGUGUGUCUGAACUUGUCUCUCUUCUAGGCUGUUAGCUCUUUAAGAGUCAGGAUUGCCAGCUGGGUCCAGCUGUUAUUUGAGCAAAUCCUCCUUGUUUCCAGGCAUCAGUUUCCUCUUCUGUAUAGUAAAGUGUUGUUAAAUCAGUUGUUCUCCACACUACCCUUCAGUGGUUUCUUUUUUUUUUUUUUUCUUUGAGAUGGUCUCACUCUGUUGCCCAGGCCGGAGUGCAGUGGCGUGAUCUCGGCCCACUGCAGCCUCUGCCUCUUGGGUUCAAGCGAUUCUUUGCCCCAGCCUCCCAAGUAGCUGGGAUUAUAGGUGUGUGCCACCACGCCUGGCUAAUUUUUGUCUUUUUAGUAAAGAUGGGGUUUCACCAUGUUGGUCGGGCUGGUGUUGAACUCCUGACCCAGGUGAUCCACCCGCCUCGGCCUCCCAAAGUGCUGGGAUUACAGGCGUGAGCCACCACGCCCGGCCCUUCCAGUGGUUUCUGUUGACUUCUACCCACCACACCUCGCCUGUGACCCAAGCCAUCUGGACAGAAGUGAUCCUAGGUCAGCUGCUCAGUGGUAUGGUAGGUUUGGUAAGAGUGGGAAGGGUACAGCACAGCCCCAUCCCCGCUGUUGGGGCCAGAAGGGAAUGUUCCCAGCAUCAGGGCUAGACUAAGAACACAGGGACCUUGGCUGAUUACUGUCCAUUUCUCCAGGACCUGGCAUGUGGUAGUGCAAAUUACAUGUUGCACAAUUGAAUGUCGGCAGCCAAAGACACCCUGCCUGGCUCCUGGGAGGCUCCCAGCUUAAAGUUCAGAUACUGUAUUAGGUCCGAGACUUGCCCUAGUAUCUGGGCAUUUUACACAAACUCUGGUUAGACACUUAAGUGCAUUAUCUCUUUUAAUCCUAACAAUAACCUUUUUAUUAUUUCUCUUACAGAUCAGGAAAUUGAAGGCCAGAAGGGUAAAGUGGUUUGCCCAAGGCCAUGGGGCUGGUGUGUGGCUGAGUUGUGGCUUGAGCUAAGGGCUUGUAAGAGUUGGCAGUCAGUAUUCCGAGAGGGAGAUGUAGGUGGAGACAGGAGAUGAAGCUGAAAGAUGACAGUCAGCCAGCCAGAGAGAAUGGAAGGAAAGAACAGGAAAGCAGAGAGGAGUGUCCGCCGGUCCCAGGAUACCACGGCUAUACCAGCUUUCUAUUACUACCUAACAAAUGAUCACAAACUUUGAUACUCAAAGUCACACACAUUUAUCAUUUUUUAGUUUCUGUACGUCAGAAGUCAAGGCACAACUUAGCAGAGUUAUCUGCUUCAGGUCUUGCCAGGCUGGGCUGCAGUCGGGAGUUGGCCAGGGCUGUGGUCUCAUCCCAGGCUUGACGGGAAAGAUCUGCUUCCAAGGUCGUCAGGUUGCUGAGACCUGAAUUCACCUCCUAUGGUUGUUGGACUGAAGUCCUGUUCUCUUGCUGAUUGUUGGCCGGGGGUCACUCUCAGCAAUUAGAGGUUGCCCGCAGUCCUUUGCUACUUGACCCUCUCGUUAGGCCCAUGAGUGUCUCUAAUAAGACAGAGCCUUUUAUAUACUAUAACCGAAUUACAGAAGUCACAUUACCUUCACCAUAUAACUUAACCUAAUCUCGGGAGUAACAUUGUAUAGCCUUUGCUGUAUGCUAUUGCUUAGAAGCGAUUCACAGGACCCACCCACAUGCAAGGGAGGGGGUUAUUCAGGAUGUAAACAUGAGGGCCACUCUGGGGACCUUGGAUCUAGACUGCUCUGAAGUUUGUGGGGGUCAGGGUCCUUGACUCCUCCUGAUCUGGCAUCUCUCUAUCCACUGCAGUCUCCCUUCUCCAGAGUUGCCCCAUUUUCUCUCCUGGAGCACUGGAGCUGGAAGCGACCUUAUGGCCAUCUGCAUACCUCUCUGCAGCCUCCAGACCUGCUGGGCUCUAAGAGCUCUUUGCAGGUUUCUGGGGAGGCUAAGGAAGUCCAGUUUGCCUGAAUGUUACAGUUCUUUGCCCCUAGCCAUAGUUCUGUAAUUCCUGGCUGAACACCCUGUCCCUUGAGAGCCCAGAAACUUUCAUUGGCCUUUCUGUGUCUCUGAUCAGCUUAUACUGAGAAUGCCAACUUCAUAAACACUGCUUGUUUACAGACAAAGCUGAGGACCCUGGGAGAUAAUAAUAAGGGUCUUUGAAGGCCAAAGGAUUGGGAAACACUCCUCUGGGCACCUGCUGGAUUUCAGCCCUGGGAAGACCUGAAAUGUCCAUCCUGAUAUUUCGUAGGAGGAGAAACAGCCUAGAAGGGAUGAUAAGGGCUGUAGGUUCCAUGAGGACAGGCCUUGAGUCUGUCCUGGUCUCUGGAAUCACGGUGUCUAGUAGAGGCCAGCACACAGCAAAUAUAUAAAUGUACAAAUGAGUGAAUGAAGAGAAUCUGAUUGGCCUUAAGGAACUUACGCACUUAAAAUAAUUGGGCAGAAGAGAAGCAGUGAAGGAGUGCAGAGGCAUCACCUGAAAGGUAGGAGGAAGGAGAAUGGGGGCCUGCCAAAGCCAAGGCAGAUACGUGUCAUUAUGCAUCUGUGUAAACCCACAGAGUGUUCACCACCAAGAGCGAACCCCAGUGUACACUAGGGCCCCCGGGUGGCGACAGUGCAUCAGUGUAGGUUCGUCAGUUGCAACACGUGCCUCUUGUGGGGGUGGGGAUUGCGGAAGGGGCUGUGCCUGUGUAGGGCCAGGGAGUAUAGGUGAACUGUAUUGAAUUGUAUUUUCCACUCCAUUUUGCUGUGACCCUAAAACUUAUCUGAGAAAAUCAUCUAUUUAUAAACAAAUAAAUAUUCUUCUAAGAAGCCAAAGCAGAAAACGAUCAAGUGGAGUGUGUUAAUGUCAGCAAAGGUUUUUGCCGCCACGAGGUUGAGGCAAGGAGAGAAACGUGUCCCUUGGUUAGUGAUGUGGCUAUAUUCAUCACUUUAAUGAGAAUAAUGUCUGCUGAGUGAUGGGGCUGGAACCUAGAUUGGAGAAGGUUUGAGCGAAUGGAAGGUAAGAAAGUGACUAAAUGAGUAUAGAAAACUACCAAGAAGCUUGGCUGUUGCUGGUGAAAGAAUAUUACACAAGUAGGGCCAGGAUUACUGUCUUGCCAAAUAGGACAGAACACCAAGCCUCUGUAUUUAGUUGCUAAUUUAUUGUGACAGAGGAGCAUAUUGAUCUGUCCCCGUGAUUGUGCAGUUAGCAAAACCCAGGCUUUGAGAAACCCUAUAGGUCAAAUGCCCCAGGCUCCUCCACAGAUAAUCUCUGAGGGAAAGACAGAGUUGUGGGGAGCAUGUGGGAGUUGUACCAGGAUUUAAAAGAUACGUGGCAAUUUUAGAAAUUAGCAAGUCUAAACUAUGAUACCUAAGGAUGCACACCUGGGUGAUAAAAUUAUAAAGAAAUGGCCGGGUGUGGUGGCUCACACCUGUAAUCCCAGCACUUUGAGAGGCCGAGGUGGGUGGAUCACCUGAGGUCAGGAGUUCGAGACAAGCCUAACCAACAUGGAGAAACCUCAUCUGUACUAAAAAUACAAAAUUAGCCGGGCGUGGUGGCACAUGCCUGUAAUCCCAGCUACUCCGGAGGCUGAGGCAGGAGAAUCGCUUGAACCUGGGAGGCGGAGGUUGUGGUGAGCCAAGGUAACAAGAGUGAAACUCUGUCUCAAAAAAAAAAAUUAUAAAGAAAUACACAGAGGUGAUUACUAUAAGUCAAAGAGUUACUUGUUCAGGGGGAAGGAGGGAGCUACGAUUGAGUCAGGGCAUGUGGUGGGGUUUCUGAGGUGGCCAACACAGUUCUAUUUCUUGAUUUGGGUGGUGGUUAUAAGGGUAUUUGCCUUAUCAUAACUCCUCAAACUCUAGAGGAAGAAGUCUGCUGUGAAGAAAAGAUUAAGGCUGCGGUGGCUCAAACCUGUAAUCCCAGCACUUUGGGAGGCCGAGGUGGGCAGAUUGCUCGAGCUCAGGAGUUUGAGACCAGGCUGGGCAAGAUGGCGAAACCUCGUCUCUACAAAAAACACAAAAAUUAGCCAGUUUACAAGCAAACUUCCACUUUCUCUCUGAGGCAGAAAGAGCAAGGGUUUUUCUCUCCAUUUUAUGGUUGGGAAAAUUGAGGCCUGCCUGAGUGUGUGACUUGUGGCAAGUCACUCUGGUCAUCUAGGGCAGAGGCUCCCCAGAGCCCAGGCCUCCUGCCUCCAGUCCCCAGCCCGCAGCCCAGGAUUAGGCAGAGCCAGCUGCUUUCCCGUGGCUGCCCUGACUCCUUACAGGGAUCACUGAGAUUCUGAUGAACAGACCUUCUGCCUGCAAUGCCUUGGGGAAUGUCUUCGUCAGUGAGCUGCUGGAAACUCUGGCCCAGCUGCGGGAGGACCGGCAAGUGCGUGUCCUGCUCUUCAGAAGUGGAGUGAAGGGCGUGUUCUGUGCAGGUGCAGACCUGAAGGAGCGGGAACAGAUGAGUGAAGCAGAGGUGGGGGUGUUUGUCCAGCGACUCCGGGGCCUGAUGAAUGACAUCGCAGCCUUCCCUGCACCCACCAUUGCGGCUAUGGAUGGGUUUGCCUUGGGCGGAGGCCUAGAGCUUGCCCUGGCCUGUGACCUCCGAGUGGCAGCUUCCUCGGCCGUCAUGGGACUGAUUGAGACCACGCGAGGGCUCCUCCCCGGGGCAGGAGGGACUCAGAGGCUGCCCCGUUGUCUGGGGGUGGCCCUGGCGAAGGAGCUCAUCUUCACGGGCCGACGACUGAGUGGAACUGAGGCCCACGUACUGGGGCUGGUGAAUCACGCUGUGGCCCAGAACGAGGAGGGGGAUGCCGCCUACCAGCGGGCACGAGCACUGGCCCAGGAGAUCCUGCCCCAGGCCCCCAUUGCCGUGCGGCUGGGCAAAGUAGCCAUUGACCGAGGAAUGGAGGUGGACAUUGCAUCCGGGAUGGCCAUUGAAGGGAUGUGCUAUGCCCAGAAUAUUCCAACCCGGGACCGGCUAGAGGGCAUGGCAGCCUUCAGGGAGAAGCGGACUCCCAAAUUUGUUGGCAAAUGACCCCCAUUUUAACCUUCAGCGUGGGAGAUGCAUGCCCUGAAGAGCAGGAUCCAGAAGGAAGAUUUGUGGCCGGAUUGCCUUCAUCAUUUCACCUCUCCAGACUUCCGUUUCUUCACAAGGAUGAUGACAGAAAUAAAAUGACUGGCGUGAUGCCUGGAACCAAGGUGCUGAUCCUACCACCUACUGCUACCUUCCUUAGCUUCACCCUGGCUAGAAAUAAUCACGAGGGUUGGGUUUGCCUUGGAAAAUGCCUGUCUCUCUACUUGAAUGAUAAAGAAUUAAAUUAGA